UCGGCGGGAUCACUGUCAUCGCCAAGCUAGCCGACGAAUGGCGCCAUCUUGUGUUCAUAAUUCUUUUUUCAAAGUACAGGCAAGAUGGUGAACGUGCCGAAAACUCGUCGCACCUUCUGCAAAGGAAAGUGCAAAAAGCACACAAUGCACAAAGUGACGCAAUACAAGAAGGGCAAAGAUUCGAUUUUUGUUCAGGGCAAACGUCGCUACGAUCGAAAACAGAGAGGAUUCGGGGGUCAAACAAAACCUAUCUUUAGAAAGAAAGCGAAGACUACGAAGAAAAUCGUUCUCCGUAUGGAAUGUGUCGAGUGUAAGACCCGCAAGCAGCUACCCAUUAAGCGUUGCAAGCACUUUGAAAUCGGAGGCGAUAAAAAGAGAAAGGGACAGAUGAUUCAGUUCUAAACAGUUUUUUUCUCUUCAGAUCUAUUGUCAAUAAACAACCUCGACAACACGUCGGGUGGUUUUUGGCAGAGAA